CUGACCUCAGCUAAUGAGAGGAAGUUCUGUCACCAGCAUAUAGGAAACUGGGAAUUUCAGGCGGGGGGGCCUUUCCGAGCAGUGCAGCCUACCUGGCUCCAUCUAGGCAGCUCUCUGGUCCCCGGCAGUCCGCCGACCCCACCAGGAAUGUCUUCUUUUGGCUUCUGGGACCUGUUUGUGGCCCUUCUCAGCCUGCUCUGCUGUUCAGGGCCUGCUGAGAUGACAUUUGAGGUUCACAUAUGGCCAGAGAAGUUGGUGGUUGAGCCCACAGGAUCUAAGAGAGUCAACUGCAGCACCAGCUGUGCCCAGCCUGACAGGGGUGGUCUGGAGACCUACCUGACUAAGAAGCUGGUGGACCACCAGCCACAGUGGCAACAGUACUUGGUCUCAAACAUCUCUAAAGACACAAAGGUCAUUUGCUUCUUCUCCUGUGCCGGGAAGACACUGUCAAAGAGUCUGAACAUCAGCGUGUACCAGCCUCCAAAGCAGGUCAUGCUGAAGCUGCAGCCCACACGGGUGGCCGUGGGCACAUCCUUCACCAUUGAGUGCAGGGUGGCUGCUGUGGAACCCCUCGAGAGUCUUACCCUCACCGUGUUCCGUGGCCAAGAGACUGUGCACAACCAGACCUUUGUCGGGGCAGCGCCUGUCCCCCUGGAAGCCGCAACCACAGUCAUCAGCACUGCUCCGCAAGGCAGCGGUCCCCUCAACUUCUCCUGCCAGGCCGAGCUGGACCUGAGGUCUAGAGGCGGGGACCUCAUCCGCAGCAUCUCGGAGCCCCAGGUCCUCCAGGUCUAUGAGCCUGUGCAGGACAACCAGAUGGUCAUCAUUGUCGCGGUCACAUCACUUCUGCUGUUCUUGUUUGUGACAUCCAUCCUGCUCUGCGGUAUCAUUGGCAAGCACCAGUGCCGGAGGGAGACAGGCUUCUAUGGGGUACUGGCUGCCUGGCAGAGGCUGCCCCAGGCCUUCCGGGGGCAGCCCGCAUGAGCCACGGGGCAGCCCCCAUGGUGGCUGCUAGAAUCUAGCAUAGCUCCUCGGAGCUGGGAUCCAGCCUGGCUGAUGGACUGUGACAGCAGCAUGGGACUCUGGGGACAUUUCUUUUUCUAGCCUGAAUACAAACACCUGGACUUAA